AUGGCAUUGGCAUUGAAACCACAUGCUGCUCAGCGAGUGGAUGCGGAAGCCAAGCUUACUUACACUGAAAGCUGGCUUCAGGCAAUCCGAAAGGAUGAAGGCAACGGCGCUGCUGAAUCACACAAGUCCCCGCACUCAGCGCCGCUUUCAGUUUUAUACCAGUCGAAUUUAGAUGCCUUUCGUUUCGUUUGUUACAACACAAAUCAAACAACCCCAGAUCUGUCCUUGGGAAUAUCUUCAACUGCUAUGCGGGAUGAAUUGGCCAGAUUUCAGCUCUGGGGUGACGAGGUUGCGCUGGAGGUCGUAGAUCGUGUUCUAGACCAAGCAGACGACCUCAAGACCAAAAUCCUCCAGUAUCUUGUCGAAAUUGGGAGGCUACUCGAGCAAGCAAGGGAUUUCAAAGACAGCUCAAUCAUCGACAAGCAUCCAGUCGUGACUCUUCCACAUGAGUUAAAGCAGCAUUCUAGGUGCAAGCGAUCGCGUGCGGUUUCGGAAACUGCGAGCUCUGAUGAAAGCGAUAACGACUCGAGUGAUGAAGCGGGUGACCUGCCAGAUGAUAUAGGCUUUCAAACAAAGUGUCUACUUGAGUUGACCCCGACCAUCCAAUGCUGCAUCGAACGAAAUCAGAACUCAAAUCUGCAAGCCGUUCCUGCCCAGCAGUUCACUGUCUCGGGUCCGGCCUACUAUUAUGUUCAAGUUGUUGGCGAGAAGUUCAAGGAUGCUCCUAAGCAACUAGUAGAGCGCCUUGGGGAAGCCAAUUGGCAGCGACACAAUCGACUGCGUCAGGUAGAAACAGGGCAACCACAGAUCGAGAUUAAUGACACCAGCACUGUCAAGCCCAAAUCCGUUUUUAAUGAUUCAGGCAUAGGGACGACAGAAACGGGCAGCUUGCGCUACGCCGCUUCCGUACAAUCACAUUCCUCUUUCAUCUCAAGUAAUGCGACGGGCGAUAUCAACCGCCUUCGUGUACCGUCUGCACCGGAAGAGGUGAAACGCGGCGUACCAUUCUCGUGCAAGUACUGUGGACAGAUGCAGUACAAGAUAAAAAAUCGGGUUGAUUGGAAGUAA